AUGAAGUUUCUGAGCCUGGUGGGGAAUUCUUUUGGUUGUUCUGCAUCUGGUGAGCGCUUAGUUUCUGCCGCAAGAGAUGGGGAUGUUCAAGAGGCCAAAGCCUUGUUGGAAUAUAACCCUCGUCUUGCAAGGUAUUCCACUUUCGGAGUUCGCAAUUCCCCUUUGCAUUACUCUGCCGCUCAUGGGCACCAUGAGAUAGUAUAUCUCUUGCUUGAGUCCGGAGUUGAUAUCAAUCUCAGAAAUUAUCGCGGUCAGACUGCAUUGAUGCAAGCUUGUCAACAUGGUCACUGGGAGGUUGUUCAGACCCUUACCAUUUUUAAGGCCAAUAUCCAUAAAGCUGAUUACCUAAAUGGAGGAACUGCCCUUCAUUUGGCUGCUUUGAAUGGCCACACCAGGUGCAUUCGGCUCAUCCUGGCAGACUAUAUACCUAGCACCCCUAACUUUUGGAAUGCAUUACAGACAGGUGAUCAUAAAUCAAUCUCAGAAUUUGAUCGAAGUGGACUCUGCGAGGUAAUUAACAGAACUUCUGAUGGAGGGAUCACUGCUCUGCAUAUGGCAGCAUUGAAUGCGCAUGUCGAAAGUGUACAGUUACUCUUAGACUUGGGGGCUUCUGUGUCUGAGGUUACUGUGGAGGAUGGAACUACCAUUGAUUUAAUUGGCUCUGGAAGUACUCCACUACAUUAUGCUGCAUGUGGUGGAAAUGCACAAUGCUGUCAGCUGUUGAUUGCCAAGGGUGCGGAUCUGACUGCUGGGAAUGCAAAUGGAUGGACACCCUUAAUGGUUGCUCGUUCGUGGCACAGAAAUUGGCUUGAGGACAUCUUGAAAACACCUCCAGCAGAACCCCUACAAGUUCUUCCAUCUCCAUAUAUAUCUCUUCCACUUAAGAGCAUUGUGAGAAUUGCUAGAGAAUGUGGAUGGAGGACGAAUGAAUUAGCACCAACGUGCUUAGAUCCAUGCGCUGUUUGUUUGGAAAGGAAGUGUAUGGUAGCUGUAGAAGGUUGUGAUCACGAGUUCUGCACUCAAUGUGCUUUAUAUCUUUGUUCUACCAACUCUUCUUCAACAACCACAACUGGUCCCCCAGGUUCAAUUGCUUGCCCUCUUUGCAGGCACGGCAUAGUCUCAUUUGUCAAGCUACCAGAUGCAAGGCCCCUACACAAGGAAAUGCAAAGGACAUCAAAUCUGUCCCUAGCAUUCUGCACAUGUUCAAGUGAAGUAUUGGAAGAUUCCACUGAAAUGACCACCCCAUUUUGCAAACCAACACCACGUGGAUCCAAAACUUCUUCAAGAACAUUUCGCUCCAAGAGCUGCCAAGCGCUCCCCUCGUUCAGAAUCAACCCCCGCCUUUGCUUGGGAGCUGAGGUUAGCCCCUCCUUAGUCCCUAGCACCGUAACCAGGAACGCAAGGAGCAAUUUGGCAAGGUGUUCUGGUUCCAGUUUAAGACGAUCAUCUUCUCAAACAGAAAGAAGGAAGUCGUGGUUUUGUUCCCUCAAUCAAUCUGUUGCCACAGGCAGUGGAUGCUGA